AUGUUGUUAUCCCAACUAAUACCAAGUAAUGUGGUAGAAAGUCCCUUGGCACCAAUAAAUAACUACAAGUCCAUUGAUACAACGUUUUCAGCGGUGAUAUCAGAUGUGGAAUCUACAACGACAACCGUAUACAGACCUAUAAUACUAUGGCAUGGUUUGGGUGACAACUACAAUAGCACAGGGAUUCACAACGUUUACGAUAUAGUUGAUCGUUUAUAUCCCGGGAUCUUUUUACAUUCAAUCUACAUUAACGAAGACCCUAAUAAAGAUGAACAAAAUUCAUUUUUCGGAGAUGCAAACAAUCAAGUUGAUCAAGUGUGCCGCCAACUUCUGGGAAUUCCGCAACUUUCUCAAGCAGACUCGGUUGAUGCUAUUGGGUUUUCUCAGGGCGGGGUCUUGCUACGAGGCUUGGUUGAAAGGUGCCCACAAAUCAAGAUCCACAAUUUGGUCACUUUUGGAAGCCCUCAUAUGGGUGUAAUGGAAAUGCCCUUGUGCAAAAAUGAUAGAGAUUGGUUAUGCAAAAGACGCAAUGAAUUAUUAAAGAGACAGGUUUGGUAUGAAAAUGUACAAAAGACAAUUCUUCCGGCACAAUAUUUUAGAGAUCCUUAUAAUAUUGACAAAUACUUAGAGCACUCACAUUACUUGGCGGAUAUCAACAAUGAAAGGAAUGAAAAAAAUGCAUCCUAUAUUGAAAAUUUGGCAAGCUUGAAUAAGUUGAUCUUGGUAACUUUCACAAAGGAUACAACGGUGGUACCAAAAGAAAGUGCCAUGUUUUGUGAUACCGACCCAAUAUUGGAACAGACUAUACCCUUUGACAAGACAGAGCUUUAUGUCAAUGAUUACAUUGGGUUGAAAAAAUUACAUGGAAAAAAUGCAGUAGAGUUUUUGACAAUAGAAGACGGUCAUAUGUCUAUUAGCGAGGAAUUUAUUGUUGAUGUGGCUCUGAAAUAUUUUGGUGUUUGA